AAAUCGCCGCCGGCGGGCGGCGGCCAUUUUCAGGUCAAGUUCGACAAGCUCCUCCCUCUCUGAGGUCGCUCGCUCGUACGACCUCCUCCUCGCUUCUGCACGUCGGCGCCGAAAGAGGAAAACACCGAGCCGCAGACAGAUCUCCGGUCAGGUUCCGUCGUGGUGCACAGUCAAUCUCGCAUCGCUUGUCAGUCGGUGUUAAUUGGGGGAGCGCCGACGGUGACCGCACAGCACACCGGCCAUGGCUAAAGCGGACGGCCACUGUCCUCUCACCGACACCGGCGUCCCGUAUUCGGUGUCCGUGUUCGCUUACCUAGGACUUUUGUUCGUCGUGUACCUCCUGUGCCGCAUCCUGUACGCGUUAUGGCAGGGAUUCUACAGCUGCUACCUCGGCCGAUGGCUUGGCCACAACGUCGACUUUCGCAAGAUGGGCGAAUGGGCUGUUGUCACUGGUGCUUCAGAUGGCAUUGGCCGGGCCUACUGUGAAGAGCUUGCUGCAAGGGGCCUCAACAUUGUGCUCAUCAGCCGGACACUAGAGAAGCUCGAAGCAGUGGCUCGGGACAUUGAGGAGGCGUCCAAUGUCAAGACCAAGGUGAUCGCUGUCGACUUCACUGCCGGUGGCGAGAUCUACGACACGAUCCGGAGGGAACUGCAGGGUCUGGAGAUUGGAGUUCUUGUGAACAAUGUUGGCGUCAGCUACGUCUACCCCGAGUUCUUCAGCGCUGUUCCUGAUGGCGACAAGGUCAUGGACAGCAUCAUCCGGGCCAACUGUGUUGCUGGGACCAUGAUGACUCGCAUCUGCCUGCCCCAAAUGGAUGAGCGUCGCCGUGGAGUGAUCAUCAACGUCUCUUCCAUCUCGGCCAUGCAUCCACUGCCCCUGCUCAGCGCAUAUGCUGCUUCCAAGGCUUACAUGGACAGCCUGUCUCAGGGACUUCACGCGGAAUACAAGGAUCGUGGCAUCUACAUUCAGUCCGUGAUGCCGGCGUACGUGUCCACGAAGAUGUCCAAGAUCCGCAAGGCCACCUACAUGGUGCCAACAGCCACCACCUACGUCCGGGAAGCCCUCAACACUGUCGGUGUUGAGCAUGCCACUUACGGCUACGGUCCACACAAGUUCAGGGCUCUGGUUCAGCGGAAGCUCAUGGAGUGCCUACCCCACAACGCUUUCAUGAACAUCUCGAAAGCGUCCCUGCUCCAGAUUCGCAAGCUCUACUACAAGAAGAAAGGCAUCGAGGACACCUUCCUGGGAAAGCGCAGCUCCUCGGCCAGUGCUGCGGGCGACGUGGGAGAGCAGAUCAAGAGCCAGUGAAACAGAUCCAAGGUGUCGUCAGUCAUUUUUCCAGCCUCUCCGGUGCACGUCGACACACGAGGACAACUUGCACGGAGUGGUCAUCACUUUUUCACCUGUAAUGAAUGCUCGGAUGGGAAAGGGGGGUGCUACUAGUUACUAUUGCUACCACUUAUGAGGAAGAGAGGUUCUACUUUUUAUCCUUUACUUUUUUUUUUUUACAACGACGUUUUGAUUCUUGCUGUUUUCUUGCAUUUUCAUCUAGUGUUUGGACUUUUCUGAGAAGACCUUGUCGCGUGUUCCGGUGCCUUGCAUUCCAUAUAUCAUUUGUACAGAGAUGUGCCGUGCUUUAUUCUUUUUUUUUGUUUGUGGCGUUCUCAGUUUGUCACUCUGUGAAAUCAAGGUCAAUAAAGGUUUUUUGAAAAGUACUAUACAUGUAUGGAGUCUGAUUCUCAUGCAACUUCAUUCAUGUGAAAGAAAAUAAAACUUUCGUUUUU